UGUCCUCUUCCGUUUGCCUCCUUCACUGUCGCCUUUUGGUGGACCUCCACUGUCGUCGUCAAGUUGCGGCCCUGUCCUGCGCGUCGUUGAUGGCCGACCUCUAUCGCAGGCUUCCUGUGCUGCUCCUGGUCGUCAUUUUGCUUGUCGUCGUCGUCCUGUUCCACAUGUGCAUCAGCCUUAAGGUGCCUGGCCGUACACACAGGAGGCGUUCAGCAAAGAAGGGUGUCGACAUGGACGACUGGCAGCCGAAGAGCAGGGCGUUGUUCGACUCCCCCACCGCUCACCACGCGCAGCACAGCGGUGCUCGAAAGUCACAGCAGUACCAUCCGUCUGCGUACGUGCACAUACCAUCACACGAAAUUCCGCUGCCACCGACGGACGACGAGGCAGAGGAGGUGAUUGGAAGGCGCUCGGGUGGGGGCGGUGUGGACGCUACAUUCGCAGUCGACGUCGAUGAGCGGACGGGUCGGCAGGUGUGGGAAGAACAUCGGCAGCAGCUUCGUGGAGAUCGUGAAGACGCGAUAAUGAGGGUGGUUCGACAGCUGCAUGUCGGCAUAAGCGACGCAGAUAAAGAGGCGACGGUGGAAGUAGACAACUUUGAAGACAUCAACGAGGAAGGCGAAAACGACGAAGAGGCCGUUGUGGACAUUCGACCUGUGGGCAGGACGUCCAUGGGUGGUCGGGGAAGAAGCAAGAAAGCUUCUGCCGCGCAUGGACGAGGGACGAAGAAGACUGCAUCUAGCGGGAGCGAUGGCGAACUUCAAGGUGACAUGGACGUGAACGGUGAGAGGAACUUCUGGUUGGUGGAACACAUGGUCGCUCUCGUGAGGGCGAAACAAAAUCAGGAUGGGCACCUGGAGGGUAUGGGGCACACAUUUGCCCGCAUGAAGCCAAGGGAAUGGAAGUGGCAGGAUGUUCAUGAGAGAUUGAAGAAGGUGGGUGUCGCUAGGAGUGACGAGAACUGCGGGAAAAAAUGGGACAACUUGAUGCAGCAAUUCAAGAAGGUGCACAGGUUCAUGCAGGAGUGUGGGAAACCGGACUACUUCCAGCUGACGGGCAAGGAAAGGAGAUCACACAGAUUCAACUUUGUAAUGGAGCGGGUGGUGUAUGAGGAGAUCAAGGGAUCGACAGCGAAGAAUCACACCAUCCAUCCGAGAAACGUCACCGACACUAAUGCGCCGGGUGGUGUUGAAAUGUGGUCCGGCUCGGGGAGGGGAAGAGGCGAUGGCGGGGGCGGGGGCGACGAAAGUGGCGAGCCACAUGAAGAAGAGGACGGGUCGACAAAAGGUUCUUCGUUUAGUACGUGUAGCACUGCGGGGUUGGCGAUGAGGCAGCAAACGUUCGAGGCGUUGACGGACGUAAUGGAGAAGCACGGCACACUGAUGGCGACGGCCUUGGAGAGCGCGAGCAAGAGGCAGUGAUCGAUGUUGAUGCAGCAGUGCGAGAUCAUCGAGUCCUCGCUGGCUGCAUCAUCGAGUCCUCGCUGGGGGCGUUUGCCGGCUUGUCGAUGUAGACGUGAGUACAAUCGAAGCACUUAUGGCAGUUCGGGAAUCCUUUGUCAGCAAAUGCUCGUAGGAUUACCAACUUGCGCACCCCCGUCGGCCAUGAUAUCUUCUCCUGACACACCGCCAGCAGCGCAGCCGUCACGUCCCCAACCGCGACCAGCCCAGAAGCUCUCCCGAUCCCAAAGUUGCAUGUGCCACUUUCGUACAUCUCCCCCGAUGCCCACCUGUACAACACAUAAGCGACGAUGUGAUCAGGCUGCAGUGGCUCCCUGUAAAAGGUCACACACCUCUGUAGACGAGGCAACAAAGCUUCAUUGAUCUC